UUUUUUGCAUUUUCAUAAAUUUAUAUUUAUUUAUCUAUUUCCAUCUUACAAGUUAUUGAGAACAAAAAGUUGCCGGUUAACUAUUUUUAAGGUUUAUCCAAUAGAUAUAUGGUCUUUUCAUUUUGUUUUUACCGAUGAUAUUUCUGUUGUUUUUCAUAAUUUCCUCACAUUUUCCCACUAAAACGAACAUUUUACAGUUCGUUUGAAGAAUGAGACACGUUGAGUUUCUCUUCUUCUCUAUUGCUGCUGCCCCUUACAAUAGUGCCGUGUGCAUUUGACUACAUAGACUACCCAUCACACGGCCACCACCCGUUUCAUUCAACGUCGAAUAGCAGAAGAAAAUUUAAGUCUUCCAGAGAAGUUUAUCACGUUAUUUAAUCAAUUUUUUUUGUGUUCUGGAAAAUAAAUUUAAUAAAAAUUUAAAGAAUUUCAUUUAAACAAAAGAUUUAAAAGUGUCGAAGAAAAUGCCUUUCAAACCAGUUGAUAACCCUAAAUGCCCAAAAUGCGGAAAAUCUGUAUACGCUGCUGAAGAACGUGUUGCUGGCGGACACAAAUUCCACAAGGGAUGUUUCAAAUGCGGAAUGUGCGGUAAAUUCUUGGAUUCAACCAACUGUGCUGAACAUGAAGCUGAGUUGUAUUGCAAAAACUGUCACGGAAGAAAGUAUGGUCCAAAAGGAUACGGAUUCGGUGGUGGUGCUGGAUGCAUGUCCAUGGAUACUGGUGAACAAUUUAAGGGAGAUGCUGAAGAAAUUGCUGAAGUGAAGAGACGUGAACCACGACCAUUCGCUAAAGCACCAGAAGGUGAAGGAUGUCCCCGAUGCGGAGGAUAUGUCUACGCUGCGGAACAAAUGUUGGCACGUGGUCGUCCAUGGCAUAAAGGAUGUUUCAAAUGCAAUGAAUGCAACAAAGGUCUUGAUUCACGAAACUGCUGCGAAGGAUCUGAUAAGGAAAUUUAUUGUUCGGUUUGUUACGGAAAGAAAUUUGGCCCGAAAGGCUAUGGUUAUGGUCAAGGUGGUGGAGCACUUCAUAGCGACGAUUAUGUCAAUGGUGAAACCCAUGCACCGAAAACAACAGUAGUAGAUACUGCUUCUAUUAAAGCAACAUCUGGUCAAGGUUGUCCACGUUGUGGUGGUGCAGUUUUUGCAGCUGAACAGAUGCUUUCCAAAGGACGCGAAUGGCAUCGUAAAUGUUACAAAUGCAAAGAUUGUAAUAAGACUUUAGAUUCUAUCAAUGCAUGUGAUGGUCCUGAUAAAGAUAUUUAUUGUAAAACCUGUUAUGGUAAAAAAUGGGGACCGCAUGGAUAUGGUUUUGCAAGUGGUUCUGGUUUCUUACAAACUGACGGAAUGAGUGAAGAUGAUUUGAAUGCAAAUCGUCCAUUCAUUAUUAACAGUACAACAACAAUUAAAGCACCAGAAGGCCAAGGCUGUCCUAGAUGUGGUGGUGCUGUUUUUGCAGCUGAACAACAGUUAGCCAAAGGAACAAUGUGGCAUAAAAAAUGUUUCAAUUGCAGCGAAUGUCAUCGUCCAUUAGAUUCAAUGUUGGCUUGUGAUGGACCAGAUAAGGAAAUUCAUUGCCGUUCAUGUUACGGUCGGUUGUUUGGACCAAAAGGUUUUGGAUACGGACAUACGCCUACACUCUCAACAAGUGGCGAAUCUACAGUAAACUGUCGUAGUGCUAUUGGCGGAGUUCGCCCAACUGAUGGCUCCGGAUGUCCAAGAUGCGGAUUUAUUGUUUAUGAAGCAGAAAAGAUGAUCAGUAAGAGCAGCUCAUGGCACAAACGUUGCUUCAAUUGUUCAGAAUGUCAUCGAUCUUUAGACUCAACGAAUUUGUGCGAUGGACCAGAUGGCGAAAUUUAUUGUCGUGGAUGUUAUGGACGACAAUUUGGACCACGAGGUGUUGGUUUUGGAUUAGGUGCUGGUGUCCUAUCAACAGUUUAGAAUAUCAAAUCACCUUAGAAUUACUUUUUUCUAUCAAUUUUGUAAUAUCAACCAAUUCGAUGACUACUCUUAAACUCUUAAACAAUUCUCGAAAUUAUCUUAUAAAUUAUAACCCAAUGUUGUUUAUUCUAUCAUUUGUAAACAGAGAAAUUCAAUCUCAAAUCAGUUUCUUUAUUUUAUUUUGUUAUUACCAUUUAAAUGUCUUCUGCUUAUCACGAUAAAUACUACACUUAAAUAAGUUAACAAGUAGUAAAUUUAAACGAGAAACAUGAAUUUAAAGCACUAACAAUUUUUAUUUUUUAUUAUAAUUUACAUAAGGAAGCAAUUGCAACUAUUGGACCUCCAGGUUUGUUCAAUAGUUGAGUUCUGUGGUCGAAAUCUUUGUGCUUUAGAACUUGUAUGACGACGAUCGAAAAAAAAAAACGUUUUAUACUUCAGGAUCGACUUUUUUUAGCUUUCAUUGGACUUUGUAUAAACUUAAUUAAAAAAGCAAUGUAAUCAAAUAAAAAAUAAUAAAAAUAAAAGAAAAUCUUCAUUUCUAAUUAUAUUUUUACUUUCGGAAAAAAUUAUAACAGAAUGUUUUAUAAUUUAAGGCAAUAUUUAAAUUAAUGAGAAAUAUUUAUACAUAAAUUAUGAUCGAAUAUUAAAAACUUAAAUUAAAGAGAGAAUGAGUGAAUCUGAUCAUUGAACUUACAGCUCAACAUAAAUAUUACAAUUUUUCCCCACUAAUGUUGUGUAAAAUAUUGUAGUAAUCAUGUUCGGGAAACCUUUCUAAUUCAAUGUAAUCUGUGGCAGAUGCCAACAUAUUAUCUAAAUUUUGUUUUAUUUCGCUAAAAUCUGGUCUUGCCUCUGGAUCGGAAUCCCAACAAUAGUACAUGUAAUUAUAUAUUUCUCUACUGGUAUGUUCUGGUUUCUCAAG